UUACCAAAUAAUGUCAAUGUUUUACUAAUUAUCUAAUAAAUUAUUUAAUUGAUGUAUUGUCGAAUAGUGUCGCUUAUUCAAGGCAAAAGUAUACGACGGAAUUAUCAGCAAAUGCAACUUGGCGUCAAAAUUUUACACUUACUAGUCUGUUCUAAUUUGCGAUAGAAUAUAAAAGUGUGUUAGUUGUUACAUUGAAAAUGCAUUUCUCUUGGUAUGACUACAUCCUCUUCGGGAUGAUGCUCACAAUAAGUACGCUGGUUGGCGUUUACUUUGGUUUUUUUGGCUCCAAAAAAUCAACAGCCAAUGAGUACCUCCUGGGUGACAAAACGAUGAAACCUUUCAUUAUCACAAUUUCGCUAAUCGCCAGUCACAUUUCUGGAACUACUCUACUAGGCCUUCCAGCCGAUGCGUACCGCUUUGGCGGAACGUUCCUGCUAAGUGGCAUUAGCAUGAUUUUUGUUGUUAUAGCAACAAUUUACAUUUAUUUGCCCGUAUUUUACAACUUGCACAUAACCACGCUUUAUGAGUACCUCGAAAUGCGGUUUGAUAACAGAACGAAAAAGUUGGUUUCGUUCCUUUAUAUCAUGUACUCGUUCCUGAUUCUACCUCUAAUCAUCUAUGCAGCAUCUCUAGCCGUAUCCACUGCCACCGGUCUUCGAAUGACUAUAAUCGUGCCUCUAGUCUGCGGAACUUGCAUUUUUUACACAAGCAUUGGCGGUUUUAAAGCUGUGAUAUGGAGCGACACUUUCCUAUGCAUAAUCACCCAAACCUCUGUCCUUAUCGUUUUUAUCCUGGGAAUUAAAUCAGUUGGUGGAUUUUCGGAAAUUUGGAGACGUGCAUUGGACAGUGAACGACUCGACUUAUUCAACUUUGAAUUCGAUGCCACCAAAAGACACAGCUUCUGGACCAUAGUGAUUGGAGUUUCGUUCAUUUGGUUAAGUAACACUAGUGUUUACCAAACUUGUGCCCAAAAAUUUCUUGCUGUUUCAACACUUCGAGGCGCCAAAAUUACUGUCAUAUUUUAUGGUUUUGGUGUAGUACUAAUUAAGGCAAUUUGUGUCUCACUUGGACUUGUAAUUUACGCCAAUUACCAUGGUUGUGACCCUUUCACGACCAAAAAAGUGGCAAGUAACGACCAAUUAGUACCGUAUUUUGUGAUGGAAGUUGCCAAAAGUGCCCCAGGUUUAGCUGGAGUUUUCAUAGCUGGAAUUAUGAGCUCUGGGCUAAGUGGCCUUUCGGCCAACUUAAAUUGCUUGGCUGGAACCAUCUACGUUGAUUUUUUGGCACAGUUUUUCCCAAACAUUUCGGAAAAAAACAAAUGUCGCAUCCUGAAAGUGAUAGUUGUUGUGGCAGGUCUUGUGUGCCUUGGUAUGACUUUUCUGGUCCAGUUUUUGGGCGGAAUUGUUCCCCUAACCAUCACUUUUCAAGCAAUAGCCAAUGGGCCAGUCCUUGGUAUAUUUACCUUGGGACUUUGCGUACCACGAGCUGGUGCCAAAGCCGCUUUUUAUGGUGCUAUAAUUGGUCUAGUUGCAAUUUCAACAAUCGUGGUACCAGCAAGGUACUACCAAAGCCAAGGCUUAAUUGAUGAUUUUCCAAAACCAGUCUCCACAAAUAGUUGUACUAACUACAACCAAACUUUAGUACUACCAUCCGAUAAUUCAGUACCAAAUGAACCUUUUAUUCUAUUCAGAAUCUCCUACUUUUUUUACACCCUUAUAGGAUCAGUUGUAACACUAGUGGUGGGUUUAUUAAUUAGUUACACCACUAGUGAUGUUGCAACGGUUGAUGAGAAAUUAAUCACACCUUUGGCUCGCUUUCUACUGCCCAAAAAUAGGAAAGCCAAGUUGGCAAAGUACCAAAGUGUUGAAGCAGCUUUGAAAAGUUUGAAGAACAAUAAUUUAUGAUCAAUAAAUAAUUUUGUCAAAUUAAAUCUUUUCCCCUGAAUCCUUUUACCUACAAACUGCUUUCGGCGCCGCUUGAUCGUAAAUCACGAACUUUUUCGUGACCAUAAUUGCGUCUUUUUGCCUACUUCUGGUGAUAUAUUAGCACUUGUUGGUAAUUGCCCAAUCAGUGGCGGCUCGUGUUUUAUUUGCUUGUACAUCUUAUUUACUUACUUAGGUACGCAAGUAUUUGUAAGUAAU